UGUGAACGACCUGAUCCGGACUUCCAAGUCCGCAAGUAAAUUGCCGAGGCGGCACGAGCAACUCUAUCUAUAACCACAAUGUCGUUGGCAAGAGCGAGCCUGCUCUUGCGCCAAAAGCACACAGUCGGGAGCGUUUCACUCAUUCAGCGGAGAUUCGCAUCGCACGACAGUCAUGCUCAUGAUGAGCACCAUGAUGACACCCAUUAUUCACGCGAAGCUGGGUUCUCUACACCUUUCUGGCGCAACACAGUCCUGCUUUCUCUGCUUGCAGUCGGAUUUUACAAAUGGGCACCGUCGCCAAACCAAGACGUAUAUCUGACUCGGUGGCUUGCUCAGUACACGACGCCGAGUGAAAUAUGGGCAGCUAUCAACGAGAAGCACUUAUUGCUAUCACAACAGGCUUCUGACAAUGCCAUCUUGCAGGCCGAUGCAAAGAGGCCAAACGUGCACCGCUAUAGAUAUCCUCAAAUUCUAGAUACGGGCUCUCCUCACCUACAACCAGUCGGGCGCGUUGCCGACAUGAGUUCAGCUGCUGUUAGAUCCGGAUGAGGAGUAAUAGAAUAGAAGUGGGCACUGCAGUGCUCGGGUUUAAUUGAUCCCCUCGAUUGCUAUGUAAAAAUCUCCUGAUACAUUCUUCCGGUUCGGAGAUGGGUGCACAGACUCGGAAAUAAGCUGCGAGUUUAUAAUUUGA